AUGGUGGUCGCAACGAUCAAGUGCGUCGUUGUUGGUGACGGCGCUGUCGGCAAGACCUGCCUGCUCAUCAGCUACACGACCAACAAGUUCCCUUCAGAAUAUGUCCCGACAGUCUUCGACAACUACGCUGUCACCGUUAUGAUCGGUGACGAGCCGUACACACUCGGACUCUUCGAUACGGCAGGACAAGAAGAUUACGACCGCCUGAGACCCCUCUCAUACCCACAAACCGAUGUCUUCCUCGUAUGCUUCAGCGUCACAUCGCCUGCCUCGUUCGAGAACGUCCGAGAGAAGUGGUUCCCCGAAGUACAUCACCACUGCCCCGGUGUGCCAUGCCUCAUCGUUGGCACCCAGACAGAUCUGAGAGAGGACAACAGCGUCCGUGAUAAGCUCGCGAAGCAAAAGAUGGCACCUGUUCGUAGGGAGGAUGGGGAGCGGAUGGCCAAGGAGCUCGGGGCAGUCAAAUACGUCGAGUGCAGUGCGUUGACUCAGUACAAGUUGAAGGAUGUGUUUGAUGAGGCAAUCGUUGCUGCUUUGGAGCCACCCGCACCGAAGAAGAAAAACCGCCAUUGCAAGAUACUGUGA